AUGGGGCUCAUCCUGAUACUGUCCGGCCUGUUUUGUGCCGUCCUCUUCUUACAGUGGGGUGGGACUACCCAUGCAUGGAACAGCUGGCAAAUUAUCCUGCUUAUGGUCAUCUUUGUGAUUACUAUGGCGGCCUUUGGAGGUCUACAGACCUGGCAAGGUGAAAAAGCAACAAAGGUCAAGGGCGCCACUGCUCUGCAGUCCGGGAUCCAGUGCAUUCCCCUCAUUCUCUGCAAUGUUGUUGGCUCUUUGUCCUCUGGACUCCUGACAACCAAACUGGGACACUACUUUCCAUCUCUGUACCUCUCUAUGGUUCUCACCUGUAUAGGCGCAGGCCUUUUUGUCACACUGAGGCCUGGUACAGAAACAGCCCCAGUAGUAGGCUAUCAAGUCCUCUAUGGAUUUGGAAGCGGCCUCGGGUUUCAGCUGCCGCAGAUUGCGGCGCAAACAGUCCUUAAAGAGACAGAAGUACAGAUUGGCAUCGCCAUGACGCUGUUCUUCCAGAGUCUUGGAGGGACGCUUUUCCUCAGUGUCGGAAAUUCUGUUUUUAAGGAACAGCUGCGCAAUCGCCUGUUGGAGCACGCCGGGCUCUCAGCCCAGCAGCUCAAGGUCAUCCUCUCAGCUGGAGCUGUGGCGAUUGAAUCUACUCUCCAGCCCAAAGAGCUUGAGGCUGUAAGAAUCGGUUAUAGCGAGGCGCUUAUCUAUGCAUACUAUACUGCACUGGCUGCUUCUAUCUUGUCAGCUUUCGGAGGUCUUUUUGUUGAAUGGAAGAGUGUGACAGAAAAAGUUCCGAGCUCAUCUUAG